AUGAGGAAAGAACUGGGCGGUGAGGCCACACGGUGAAUUGCAGGCAGUGGCGCAACUAGGCGAGGGAGGGGAGUUGUGACUCCCUCCGAAAUAUGUUUGUGAGUUUUUUACGAAUUCUACGUAAUUGAGUGAUUUUAAUAUCAAUUGAAAUGAAACAAAAUAUUGUAACAUCGUGUAUGAAUAAGUGAUAACAAUUAUCACCAUAAAGAUCAUUUUCCACACAUAGGAAGUUAAAAACUUAUUUAAGAAACACUACAGAAAAACAGAAACUUAAUGGAAUGGCAACUUUAAACAUACAUACAAACAUUGAAGUUAAAACAGAUUCAGUGUUUAAUACUAAGGCACUCUACUCGAAGAAUUAAUCUUAGACUGUAAAUUAUUAUUAUUAUAAAGGCUGUGCCAUUUAUAAACCUUAGGGAUGUUUUUUGGUAAUAAUUUAUUUUAAAAAACUCAAAUUAUUAAUUUUGAAUAAUUUUUCGUUUAUUUUAUUUUUUUCAGAUUACUUUUUAAAAAUAAUAUUGCUUAGAUGGUCGCCUUACAGAGCAAAUGACGUAAUUUGCUCGCUUUUGGAAUUUUAUAUCACUUUUCGAAGUAACUAAGGUUGAAUGGGGCCGUAAAUAAACAAAAUUGUUAGUUCUACAACAUUGAAAACCCUCAAUUUAUCUAUGAACAACCUCUUAAUAAUUAACGUGUGAUUUUUUGGGUAGGAGUUUUCGUGAAAACAAUCAUUUGGCUGUUCUUUUUCGAAGGAGAGAUGCUGGAGCAGCCGUAUCCAUCAAUGGAGAGAGUUAUCGAGCCAUGAUAGCGAAUAUUUUGAUUCCAUUUCUGAUUAAUAACGACAUGAACGACUAUUGGUUACAACAAGAUGGUGCCACAGCAUGUACAGUUCGAGCCACGAUCGCUUCAUUGCAUCUUUGGUUCCUCGGAUGCUUAAUUUCAAAAAAUGGUGAUUUCAACUGGCUUCCACGAUCACCCUACUUAACGCCUCCAGACUUUUUCCUGUAG